GAGCUGCUGAGCACAUGCGCAGUGUGUGGAGCUGGGGAAUUCAUGUGGAGGUCAGAGUGGAAGCAGGAGUGAGUGGGCUAAAAGACAAGGUCCAGCAGAAGGAGACAUGGCUGCCAAAGUGUUUGAGUCCAUCGGCAAGUUUGGCCUGGCGUUAGCUGUUGCGGGAGGCGUGGUGAACUCUGCCUUGUAUAAUGUGGAUGCUGGGCACAGAGCUGUCAUCUUUGACCGGUUCCGUGGAGUCCAAGACAUUGUAGUAGGGGAAGGGACCCACUUUCUCAUCCCUUGGGUACAGAAACCAAUUAUCUUUGACUGCCGCUCUCGACCACGUAAUGUGCCAGUCAUCACUGGUAGCAAAGAUUUACAGAAUGUCAACAUCACACUACGCAUCCUUUUCCGGCCAGUUGCUAGCCAGCUUCCUCGCAUCUACACCAGCAUCGGAGAGGACUACGAUGAGCGUGUGUUGCCGUCCAUCACUACAGAGAUCCUCAAAUCAGUGGUGGCUCGAUUUGAUGCUGGAGAACUAAUCACCCAGAGAGAGCUGGUCUCCAGACAGGUGAGCGAUGACCUCACAGAGAGAGCUGCGACCUUUGGGCUCAUCCUGGAUGACGUGUCCUUGACACAUCUGACCUUUGGGAAGGAGUUCACAGAAGCAGUGGAAGCCAAACAGGUGGCUCAGCAGGAAGCAGAGAGGGCCAGAUUUGUGGUGGAAAAGGCUGAACAGCAGAAGAAGGCAGCCAUCAUCUCUGCCGAGGGCGAUUCCAAGGCAGCUGAACUGAUCGCCAACUCACUUGCCACUGCGGGUGACGGCCUGAUUGAGCUGCGCAAGCUGGAAGCUGCAGAGGACAUUGCGUACCAGCUCUCCCGCUCUCGAAACAUCACCUACCUACCGUCUGGGCAGUCGGUGCUCCUCCAGCUGCCCCAGUGAGGCCCACUCUGCCUGCACCGCCUUGGGCCAACUGGGCCACAGCCCAUUGAUUCUAACACAGCCUUCCUUCUGUCCCCACCCCAGAAAUCACUGUGAAAUUUCAUGAUUGGCUUAAAGUGAAGGAAAUAAAAUUGAAAUCACUUCAGAUCUCCAAUUACUCUAUCAGAUGAAGCUCUUUGAUUUUUCCCAUAUCCAUUCACCUUUUUAUCCAUUCCCCUAUCAAAAAUUGCCAAGUGCCUAUGCAGACUGGCUUGGAGUCCCCUGUUUAGGGCAGGCUGGAGCUCUCGCCUAGGCACUGGUGAUUGGCAGAAGAAAGGCAGGGCAGUGUAUGUGAUUGACUGAGGAGUACAGUGUCAGCUUGAGUAAACUUGUAGCCUCAAACCUAUCAUUUAGAGAAGAUGUGAGGAAGACGGCACACGCAGCUGAACCAAGAAGGCAGGCCUCAGUUGUUCCAGCAGUUCCUGCAAACCCAGCUGACAGAGGUGCUGGGAAAGGUCAGAGAGGAAGUGGCCUGUCUCUUACCAUGAGGCUGCUUCUCUCUGUCUGUGGGGCCAGUAAAAGCAGGUGUGUGCAAAUUGGGCGAGGAGUGAAGGCUCUGCCCCUGUUGAGGUGGGUGGGCCUGAUUUUGCUGCCCCCCAGGGUGCUAAAACUGGGAUGGACUUGGAUAGUGAGCAAGGAGGCCUGGACUGCGACGUGAGCCCUGUUGAAGACUUCCUCUCUACCCCCACCUUGGUUCCUCUCAAAUACUCAACGGAAUUCCAGCUUGAAGGAUUGCAUCCUGCCGUAGCUGAACAUGCCUGCCAAAGACGUGUGCAUCCUGAGUUCCCAGCUCCCUCAUUCAGAGACUGCCCUUCUAGAGGGCUGUGUGCCUGUGCUUUGAAGGAGACAACCAUGGGAAGAAAACAAAUGUGUGUAAACUGCUGUCAAUAAAUGGCACCCAGACCUUCCAGC